AUGCAAAGUAACGGGUUUUCUCUGGUCGCUCUUCUCAUCGUCUCCUUCAUCAUAUUCUACUUUCUUUUCGUAUAUAAUUCAGGACGUGAGUUCAGAUUUCAAAUCUCUUGAAAUCUUCAUUUUUCAGAGAACAAUCACACACAAUUCUCUGGGAUAAUUGUCAGCGAUUCACAAAACUCAAAAAAGUCCUCGGGAUCAAAAAAAACUUCAUUGAAACUAACGACAUCGUCAAAAGUUUUGAGGUUUUUUCAGACUUUCUCCCAGGGGAGGUCAUUUUACUUUGCGGGUGGGGAUUUUCUGAAAAUUGACCAGAACGCUCCUUGAUGUACCAGAUAAAGAUCCUGAAAGUCUCAACCUGCACAGCUUCCUAGUUUUCGAGAAAUAAUUGCCUAUAGCCUCAAAAUAGCUUUUUUUUAAAUGGAUUUUGAGGGUUUUCUUAGAAUUUGAAGCGUCUUUUCUCAAAAACGAGGAAAUUGGGCAGGUUGAGACUUUCAGAAUCUUUUUUUGGUUAAUCAAGGAGUAUUCUGGCCAUUUUCUCUAGAAGGAAAAGUGAACUUACUAUUUCAAUCAAUAACUUAAGUUCCAUUUAAGGACACCAAAUGGCUGCAAAUUCGAGGAUUGGAAUAAUAUCACGACUGAUCGAAUCCCUAACCAUGAGAUACACGAAGAAUGGCGUCAGAAAGGAGUUUCCAGAGAGGUUGGAAAUAUUAAAAAUCGAACAAAACUUCAUUUUCAGGGUAAUUUACGAGCGAAUCUAUCGGUUUUAGGUGCCUACGUCUAUUCAAAGUACAUUGCUGUGACCAUAACGUCGCAAAAUUUGUACAAGUCUGUCUUUUUUUCCAAAAAUCCCUUCAGAAUUGAUUUUUUCCAGUACUACUGUUUUUUGCCGUUACUUCGACUGUCAUCGGAAAGAAAUCGAGAAUCCGUUUAAAUCGGUAGUUUUUCCGGAAUCAACAGUUUACUGUGGCCGGAGGGCUGGCGCCAAGUUCAUGUCCCUGACUGAGAAGCUGGAGGACAAACCUCAGCCUCCAGUUCCGAUUUUGGACAGGACUCAGCCAGGUUUCUUGACUUCUAAUUCAAGUUUCAGAGAGGUUAAAAAAUUAUGGAGCUUCUCCAAUAGAUAGUAAUUGAUAACCUUUAUUUAAUCUCGGAAAAGACCAAAAAAUCAGAUACUUCGAAAUUCCACAAUGGUCCCCCUAUAGAGAGAGAGACCGAUUCUGCAAGCUCCAGUGACCUUUAUUAUAGGGGUUGGUAAAGUGGUCCCUAAAGGCGACUCUCGGAAGGACCUUAAGGUUAGGACCCCUCUGAAGUUUACAAAACGGUUCUUUAUCAAUAAAUAGCAAUUGAUAAGUUGGAAUACAGUCUUCAGAACUAAAUCUGAAUAAUUGAGAACCCGAGCAUUUCUUCUCGAUCUGCCUGGCGCCUCUCUACGGCGACGAGCCGAAAUGGAUGCAAAUCGUCGAGUUCAUCGAACAUUACAAGCUUCAAGUUGAUUUCUAGCCAGUCUUCAUUCAUAAAAUCACUUAGGGAGCCGAUCACUUCUAUGUUUAUUUAUUCGAAGUGAAUCCAAACGAUCGUGUUAUAUUGGAUGACUAUGUUAGGUAAUAAAAAAACUUUUCAGCAUGUCCAAUAUUUCAUGUUUCCAGGACAGGAGAGAUCGAUUUGAUAGUUUUGCAUGACCGUUUCGAAAGACCAGACUGGUUGGUCCACAUGGUCGAGGUUUUUGUGAGUUUUGAAGGCCUCAAAAAUGUACAGGGUCGGAAAACUUUUCCUCUACAUUGAAACCUUUCAGGAAUUGAAAGUAGGAAGAAAGAUUAUUGAAAAAUAGAAAAAAAAAGUUCAAUUAUUGUGCCCUUCUUGCGACUUUUCUAUGUUAUAGCCUACUUUCUUUUGAACUUUUUCUUUUUGUCAACUUCUACCGCCUGCUUUUUUUUCUUAUUUUCCGAGAAUGGUGGGAAAAAUGACUUUCUCGAAGUUCCUGGAACUCCAAAAACUUUAUUAAAAUGUUCUCUAGUCGAUUUAAUCUUCUUAUCUUUCCUCAGGACUGCCUCCAACGCAGCAAACAUCACUCGAAAUGGUCGGCUUUUAUCGAUAUCGAUGAGCGGAUGGUCAUGAAGAAAGUUGGGAAUACUGUAGCGAAUCAAUUACAGUAACUAUCACUUCAAUUAUUCUUGAAUCUCGAAUCUCCAGAAAAGUUACUGAUCCAAAAGUCGGCAAUAUCGAAUGGCGUGUACAAAACGUGCUCAAAACGGGAGAUUCUCCUGCCAAAUACGUCAAUAAAUCUCAGGUUCUUUUAAACAAUCCUUUUUAAUAAUAGUUCUAAAUUAUUACAGCUGCUAUCGGAACUGAUUUUCAUGAAAUAUCAAGAAACGAUGGAGGAGCAAGGGCCUGGUGUUCGGCAAAAAUGUAUAAUCCGACCGGAAUUGGUAAGAAUUCGAGAUUACUUUAUAAAGAUAGAGGGUUCAGAUUGGCUCCAUGUGGAUCCACAGACCGAGUUCAAUGUAUCCAGGAAUAAAGUCCGCUCCCAUGGAAGCUCGAGACGGAAUUAUCAGGUGCAUAUUCCUUGGAUGGCUACAAACGUGUGUAGAGUAAAGGAUAGAUUCAUUUUUUGCCCUUAUCAAAAAAUGAGUAGUUUGAUAUCUUCAACUUCAAUGAAAUGAAAAGAUCAAGAGAAAAUGCAAUUUUUAGAUCUUCAACGAGGAAUAAUACAUUCAGAAAAAGUGAAAAAAAUUUUCAAAUAGAAAAGUAGAAAAAUAGGAAAAAAAAAGAGAUGAAAGAUACUGGUUGAUGCAAGAUCGGAAGGAAAAUAUGGAUCUUCGGUCAGAGGCAGAGCAAAAUACAAUUUCUAUAAAGUUAGUUAAAAGCAGUUUGAUCUUCUUAACUUCGAAUCUGUACAAAAACACAAUAAUUAAUCCAAAAAAGUUUCCAACUAACCUACAAUUCUUCUAUGAUGAUUAAUUACGUUUCCAGGCACUAUCGCAACACGAAAAAGCGAAUUUUCGGCGUCGGAGGCCUUGGGAAGCCGAUAAAUUCGUCGCGAUUGGAGCCGACCUUCGAGAAAAAGCUUCUAGAGGCUGUUGUCGAAAGGGUUCAGAGCGUCUACGAUAUCGUGCCGCUUGAUUGUCACGAUAUCGCGAGAAGGGUUUGGGCGGGGCACGGGUUACGCGAUCCUUGCGCCGUCCAAGCGGAGGAGAAAAAGAAAAAAGAGAAAAAAGAAAAAGAAGGAAAAAAUGCGUGA